GUUUGAAGUGGGUGUUACUUCCUGUUUGGAAGUCAUAUGACCAAAUUGAAGUCGGGUGAUGUGAAUUUUCCUGUCGUAGCCUGCUGUAUCCACACCGGGCACAUCGUGUUCAGUAGAGACACCUCUGUACGCUUCCGUACAUCAUGCCUCUACCAGCCCCUGCUCCCAGUCCCAUCUGCAGCUGAUCCUCUCUCCCAACACCAUGGAUCCUGAGCAGCAAGCCAGCCCUCUCCCCCAGCCCAGUGCAGAGUACUUCUCAUGGGACUACCGCCUCCAGCUUAUCGGCCUGGGCUUUGCCUUCUAUACAGCAGUAUUCCUUCUCUCCCACCUCGUCUCUGUAGCUCUCUCACACACCUACAACUCCCUGUUAGCUAAGGAGAAGGUUUUCUGGAACCUCGCCGCGACCCGGGCAGCAUUUGGGAUCCAGAGCACCGUAGCCGGUCUCCGGACCCUGACCGAGGACUCUGCGUUGGCCAGAGACAGAGUGAGGGGACAAGAGGACUGGUCGUGGUUCAAUGUCCUCACAGCCACAGGUUUCUUCGUGUUUGAGAAUGUGGCUCUUCACGGCUCCAGUGUGGCAUUCCGGUCAUUUGACCUCCCACUGGCUACACACCAUUUCUUCGCCCUGGCGGGAUAUGUAGGGACGGUGGUGUGGGAUACGCUGGGCCACUUCCUGCCGAUGGUGACGCUGCUGCUGGAGAUGAGCACGCCGUUCACCUGCAUAUCCUGGAUGUUACUGAAGGCCGGCUGGGCACGCACCCUGUUCUGGAGAGCCAACCAGUGGGUGAUGAUCCACGCGUUCCACUGUCGCAUGGUGCUCACCUACUACAUGUGGUGGGUGGCUUUGACCAACUGGGGAGAGCUCUGCACCCACGUAGCCCUACCCCAGCUGGUGCUCUUCUUCACUGGCCUGGCUCUGCUCACGCUUAUUAUUAACCCCAUCUGGACACACAAGAAGACCAUGCAGCUGCUUAACCCUGUGGACUGGAACUUUGGCAACAAGUCGGCACCUGCAAAUGGUGCAACACAGGGUCAGUCUGAGGUUUCUGUCAAACCUCAUGCCAGCUAAUGGGCACCAGGGAGAUCAUUUACUAUCUGAAUGGUACCAUAUGUUUUCCUAUUUUAUUUUUUAAUGGAUGAGUGAAGUCAUGUUGAGAGUGAUGACAGUAAGAUGGGUGUUUUUAAGGUUUUACUUUUUUUUAAACACUCUUUUAAGUGAAUUUUGCUAUUCAGAAAGCUGUAACUGUCUGGUAUGAUUUUGAUGAAAAUGCCACAUCUUGUCUUUCCUCAGGCUUGACUUUUUAGGCAGUUUUCCUGUUGGUCUGUUCUAGAGGAAGAAUAUUAAUGAAUGAGAUAAAAAAAAUUCAGUCCUUAUCUACUAACCCCAAUGCUGAUGGAAAGUAGGAUGAACUUCCGUAGUCCGCAAAAACGGCCAUUAAAUUGCUUCAAACGGUUGUUUUACACAUUUGAAAACAAAUCCCCAUUGACUUCAGUUGUUUAGGAGAAUGCUGCGAUGCUGUUUUUCUGUGAAGUUCAUGAAAUGUUUUGUUGACUACCAAAAUUCACCUGACUUCCCAUCAGUAUGGAGGUGAGAAGAUAAUCACUGAUUUUUUUAUUUUUGUGUGAACUUAUCCUUUCAUUUUCCAUCUGGUCAGUUUAUCCUUUAACAUGCAGGUGUGGUUGUGUAGGGCAUUGGAAUGAGGCCCUGCUUGUUUACAUCACCUCCAGGUCACUGAGUUGUAAAAUAUCCACUUUAUGAGUCAUGAUUAGUUGUUUAUUGACUUUAGGAACAAUACAUGAGAUGGCAUCUCUUAGGAGAGAAGGUCAAAGGCACAAACUUACGAAAAUGUUGUUUAUCGGGAAAAUCAAAUCAUGGAGUAAAAAUUUAAAUGAAAUACAACGAAAUGUAAAAACAUCUGCAGUAUUUAAAGCUUCGCAUGCCUUAAUGUUUGAGGCGAUGUUGCGCUAUACACAUCUUUGUCUACCCACAGCUGCUUUUGGUCAGUUGCUACUAACAGUGUAGUUCAUCUAUCUGGCGACAUGUUGUGUGCUUGGGGAUAAGAUAUGAGGGAGACGGGAGCGCUAAGGCUCUUUCUCAGUAGUCAUCAAACGGCCCAGUAGUCUUUUUCUUGAACAGCUCUGUUGUUGUUUUUACUGCAGACUCAGUUGUUCAGAACUGAUUAGGGAGCACAGGCAGUAAAAUUGGUUUAAGUUGAAAGAAUGAGGUUCUAUAGGGUGGUAGUUGGCGCUAUUAAAUUACCAGGUUUACAAUUAGAUCUGUCUGUUUGUGAGUCAUAUUGGUGUUUUCAGACUGUGAAUGCUCUUUCAGUCAAGAGAGAAAUAUUUAUCGUGGUCGUUAAAGAAAAGGCCUUCAACAGAAUCUUCUGUGUUGCUGGACAAUAGCUCAGGACCGGUCCACUCCACAAAGGCCCCUUUGUCUAAACAUGGAGAUAUAAUGUGGCCCAACUAAAGCAGUGUUGUAGAAGAACAACCAUUUGACGUUUUGAUCAUGAAGAUGUUUUGUUAUAAUCAGUCAUACAGCUUCAAUGAAGUAUUAAUACUGGUAAUAUCACAUCAAGAUUAAUCUCAAUAAGAUUUUUGUUUGGUGAUUUUACACAAUGGCCUCAUUGUACUGGGAAUCUUUGCUUUGUGUGUUCGGUUUGUCCCUUGUCAAGUUUGUGGCAUAAGUUUGUGUACUCUUGUCACUCGGCUGCAAACUUUCACUUCCCUUCAGAUACAGUUCCUCACUUUUCUCAGUGUGGUGGCUGUAUCAGCAUUGCUACUGUAGCUUAUAUGUAGUUUUUUAAUCUCCAUUAGUAUUAAUCUGUGUUUAAGAAAAUGCCAAACACCUUGAGUUGGGCUUGAAGGCUGGAGCAAAGUUACCCAGCAAAGUCUAACUCAGUGGUCUUUGAACAUGUAAAAAAAGCUUCUAUCUUACUGUCUGGUGUUUUUCACAACAGGCUAAUUAAAAGUGCUAUGUGAGUAACUGUCGAGUUAAAUCCAGAAACCUCUCAAGUCUGACUGGUGGGCCGGUGCAGGAAGAAAUGUACUUUGUUUUACUUAACAGUGUUUCACACAUAGCUGUAAUCUGCCUCAUUGAACAGGCAUCAGGAUGACUAAGAUGAAGCUUCACUGUGUACUAUUUUUGUGUACACCUACACAGCCUUAAUAACUGAAUGGACUUUAAUAUGUUUGAAAGAAAUUUCUGUAUUGUAUCUGAAAGUAUUUUCAUCAUUUUUAAUAUGUAAACUAUAACUGCACUUCUGAUGUUCUUAUUUCUUUACUAAAAAAAAAAAACAUUAAUAUCAGGCCAUGUUUGAUUUUCAAUUUUGCAUUUAAUUUGUCAUGACGGCAUAACAUUAACAUUAUGGGCCGGAGGGUUCCCUCUAAGUUCAACACCAUAUGCCAGACUAUUCAACAACCUAUUUGUGUUAGGAAAUGCUUUUAUUUGAGCUACAAAAUAAAAUAUUUUCUCACAUACA